AUGUUAGAGCAACCUAAGCAAUUGGUGGAUCAGGAUGACCCUACAGAACAGUUUACUGAUCCUAAAAGCUUUGAGGAUGAAGAACAGAUGUUUACUAACAACGUUGACAAAACGGGCAAAAACAAACGGUUUCCUCCAUUAUUUUCAGGAAUAAUGCAGGAUAUUAAGGAUCGUUUGCCGUACUAUCGUUCGGAUUGGACUGAUUCCUGGGACUAUAGGGUCAUUCCAGUUCUUGUGGAGACAUAUUUGAACAACUUGCUUCCUGCCAUUGCGUUUGCACAAGACAUGUUCGAUCACACCGACAAUGCUUUUGGUGUUAAUGAAGUGCUAUUAUCUAGCGCCAUAGGAGGAAUCGUCUUUGGAAUUUUUUGCGGCCAGCCUCUGUGUAUCUUAGGCGUGACAGCACCUGUGAGUAUCUUUAACUAUACCGUUUAUGAGAUCAUUAAACCAUGGGGUAUAGACUACUUUGGGUUCAUGUUUUGGAUUUGCAUUUGGGCAAUGAUAUGCCAUUUGUUGUUAGCUAUUACAAAUAUGGUCUGCCUACUUCAAUACGUGUCCUCGUUCCCUUGCGAUGUGUUUGGACUCUUCAAUAAUAUUGUUUAUAUUCAUAAAGGCAUAGAGAUACUGACCAGGCAGUUUAAUGACAAUGGUAAAACUGAUCUAGCAAGUGGCUAUGCAAGUAUAGUGGUUGCGCUGAUAAUGACAUUAUUUGGUAGUGUCUGCAAGCUAUCUGUAAAGACUUCACUUUUUCCAUACUCGUUAAGAACGUUCAUUAGCGAUUACAGCACAGUUGCAGCUGUUUUAUUUGGAUCCUUAUUCAUUCAUUUUGGUGGGUAUGUGAACGAUAUUCACUUCCAAAAGCUUCAUAUUACACAUAAUUUUACACCUACUUCUAAAUUAAGAGGCGGUGCAGGAUGGUUGGCAUACCAUAGCAUACCUACUCGUUACAUUUUCUUGGCGUUGCCCUUCGGAAUCAUUCUGACGAUCCUCUUCUACUUUGAUCACAAUGUAUCAUCCCUAAUGGCACAGCGGAAUAAAUACAAACUGAAAAAGCCAUCGACCUUCCAUUACGACUUUGCCCUUCUAAGUCUUACCACAGGUCUUAGUGGACUUCUAGGCGUACCGGCUCCAAAUGGAUUGAUACCGCAAGCUCCUCUACACACCGAAGCACUGUUGGUUCGCGACAAUAACGGUAAAAUCGUAAGAUGCGUUGAACAACGUUUCACAAAUACCGGCCAGGGUUUACUUAUGAUUGCCACAAUGACAAAACCACUACUUACCUGCUUAGGCCAAAUCCCGCAAGCUGCUCUUAGCGGUCUAUUUUUUGUAAUGGCCAUCCAGGGACUAGUGGAGAAUGCAAUUAUACGAAAGCUUCUAUGGCUUCUUACCGAACGUUCCAAAAGAGGCCUCUCAAAUCCCCUAAGUAAUAUACCCCCCAAAACUAUCCUAAUAUUCACCACUUUGGGGAUCGUCGGGGCUCUAAUAGAAUAUGGCCUCACCCUGUCGAAAGCCGCUAUUGCAUUCCCAAUAGCCCUGGUAUUAACUGUCGUCUUGAGUCUCUCCUUCCCUAAAUGGUUCUCGAAGGCCACGGUACCCAUUCUAGAUGAACCUGUCGCUGAACCGUUCACCAGAAAGAACCUGCUGUUUGAGAAUCUCCAUUGA